GUCCUGCACCGAGCGGUGGUGGUAUUAAAGUAGAAGAAGAAGCGGAGCGCGCGCGUGUCUCGAGCCUCGACAAAACGCGACGAGCAGAAAAUUCCUGCGAUUUUGAUUUUCGGCUCGCGGUGUGUGUGUGCGUGUGUACAAGUGCUGCUCCGAAUUGGCAGGUUCAGUGAUGUGUGCAUGAAGCAGCACACAACUACUACUACUCUCUGCACAACACAGCAGUCGCUCUAGUCGCGCGGCCGCCCCCGCAGUUUCGCGCACACUUGAUACGCGCGUGUGAGCGUGAAGCGUUAUAUACCUACUUCUCCAUAUAAACGCGCGCGCGUGCAUUAUUAUCAUUAUUAUUUAUACGUCGUCGUCGUCGUCGUACGAGCGAAGCAGUAUACGAUUUUGUACUACCACACAACACGCCACGAGCAACCAACCAACGGACACAAAACACACACACACACACACACUAGCAUAUAUAGACACACGCAGCAGCACACGCAGUGCGCGACGAGCCGAGAGCAGCAGCAGCAGCGAGCGCAAUUGUAAUAUUUGUGCGCUAGGCGAAAUAGUAUAGUAUAUAGCUUCUCCCGAGGAGCAGCAGGCAGCGAUCGCAAGCGAGCGAACGAGCGACUCGAGCGAGUCGUCGUGUGUCCGUCUGUCUCCGUGUGUGCUCGUCGUCUCUCGAUCGAGUUUUAUAUUAUAUUAUAUAUAUAAACGAGCUGUCGUUGUGGUGUACAAAGCAGUCGAGGUCCGGGCCGCCGCAUGUACAGCAGCAGAAGCAUCAGAGAGCCAGCACUCUGAGAUUUAACCCAACAAGAUGCUCAUCAAGGAAUACCGUGUUACCCUGCCCCUCACUGUUGAAGAGUACCAAGUAGCUCAAUUGUACUCUGUAGCAGAGGCAAGUAAAAACAAUACAGGAGGAGGUGAGGGAAUAGAAGUUUUGAAAAAUGAACCCUUCACAGACUAUCCUUUACUUGGAGGAAGAUAUUCCACCGGCCAAUAUACAUAUAAAAUUUACCACUUAGCGAGCAAAGUGCCUGCUUUCAUUCGUAUGCUUUUACCUAAAACUUCUUUAGAAGUUCAUGAAGAAGCAUGGAAUGCAUACCCUUAUUGUAAAACUGUUAUUACUAAUCCUGGUUAUAUGAAAGAAAACUUCAUGAUUGUAAUAGAAUCUUAUCAUAUUGGAGAUGUUGGUGAUCAAGAUAAUGUUCAUGAACUCCCUGCAGAUAAGCUUAGAAUUAGAGAGGUUGUACACAUAGAUAUUUCCAAUGAUUAUGUAGCUAGUGCAGAUUAUAAAGAAGAUGAAGACCCUAGCAAGUUUAAAUCUGAAAAAACUGGUCGAGGACCGCUGGUCGGCAAAGACUGGAAGCAUUCUGUCAAUCCUGUAAUGACUUGCUAUAAACUUGUUACCUGUGAGUUCAAAUGGUUUGGUUUACAAACUCGUGUUGAAAGUUUUAUUCAAAAAUCUGAAAGGCGUCUUUUCACCAAUUUCCACCGGCAAGUAUUCUGCUGGAUGGAUCGUUGGCAUGGACUCACUAUGGAAGAUAUUCGUGCACUUGAAGAUGCUACUAGGGAAGAAUUGGAUAGGCAAAGACACAAAGGUGAAGUACGAGGAAUGCAAGCUGAAGUUUAAAGAUCAUACUAAAACAAGUUAAUGAUAUUACUGAAUUAAAUUUCAAAA